AUGCCGCAACAGUUCAGACCGUCGACGACCGUACCUGCCCAAGAUUUGAUCGUCUCCGCCAAUCCUCCCUCAAGAUCUUCCUCGUCCAACAUUCAGGCUCUUCCUCGGAUUCAGACCCUCGUGGACUUUCUCCUUGAGCCUUCUGUCGACCGUCUCUCAUCCUGGCCAGCACGCUUUACACCUGAAUACGAUGAUACCUUUAUCUCCAACUCCAGCCAAGACUUCGAGAAUGAGCAGGAAGACAAGAUCAAAGACCAUGCGCCCGUCUUCUCUUCCUGGCCCACCUGGCGUUAG